GAGGUCCUGGGUCGGGUCCUUCGUCAACGUGGGAUACGCGAAAAUGUGAAGUUUAUUUUGAACCUGAAUGCAAUUCCUUUUUCCCAAGGUGGCGAAUUUCUAGAAUAUAACAUAACGCCUGUCGGGAUUUCGGUGGUCUUAUCAUGAUGCCGGGGGACAGCCAUUGCAAAACGGCAGCUAUCGCCGCAGACGCUACGAUUGGAAACUGUCAAAACUGCCCUGUUCUGCACCAGAGCCUGACCGAAUACGUGACGUCAUUUCUGGCACUGAAACAGAAGAUCGCGGUAUCCGAUGAAACUAACAGGCUUCAACAACAGCUGGAAGAGCUGCAGAUCAGAUCGGUUACGCUGGAGAAAAAGACUGAAGAUUAUGAAUCUGUUCAAGGCGAACUGGAGAAAAAGACUGCAGAUUAUGAAUCCAUUCAAGCAGAAUUGGAGCAAAAGACUACAGAUUAUGAAUCCGUUAAAGCAGAAGCGGAGAAAAAGACUGCAGAUUAUGAAUCCAUUCAAGCGGAACUGGAGAAAAAGACUGCAGAUUACAGAUCUGUUCAAGCAGGACUGGAGAAAAAGACUGCAGAUUAUGAAUCUAUUCAAGCAGAACUGGAGGAAAAGAAGGAUGCUCUUAAGACCUAUGGACAGAUGUCUGAAGAGAUGGACCAUUUAAAGCAGCAAACCAGCAGGACAAUGGCAGAAUAUAAGAAACUUGAAAACCAGCUUAAGGAUGUGGAAGAACGGACAGAAAUAAUGUCCCUAGAAAAUGCCCUGCUGAAGAGGGAAAAGGCCGCUGUAGAAAAUGAUUUGCUGAGAACACAGACAACUUUGAGGAAAUCUCAAGCAGAAGCGGAUCAAGUUGAAAAAUUGGUAGAGGAGAACGCCAAGACAACAAGCAUAAAGGACAAUCUUGAAAAUAAAGUUGGACUGCUUGAAGAUUCAGUUUCCAAACGGAAUCAUCUAAUAACCCAACUGACUAAAGAUAAUAUUCUGCUACAGAGAAAUAUUGAUGACCUCCAGGUGAGACUGAUGAAACUGGAAAGAGAACGGUGUAAAGAAUAUAGGAGCGCAUCAACUCAAGCAAGUACACCUGAGGAGCCUAAAGUUGACAAAGAAAAAUUCCAGAUGCUGCUACAGAACUUGUGGACAUGCAUAGAACCUCAGCAGAAGCUCUUGUUGCACGUUCCUGAGUCCGGGUCCAAGCGAGUUCCAGCCCGUUCCCCACAAAACAGACUGCAGCCUCAUCUGAGUUGCACAUCCCGUCCUGCUUCAAACCAGACUGGUGAAUCCAACAGCUACCACAUGCACGCAAAUGCCACUGUAACACCGGUGACGCUCUCCCCUCGUGGGCAGAAAGCCAGCCGGCAGCAAGCAUCCCUGCAGUCAACAAAUACCAUGAAGCAAGCAGACACUCCCAAAAAGAGCAAGACGUCCUCCAAAAACAAUGGCGAGGGGUCAUCUGCUGACCUGAGCAACUCUGCAGUGUCUGUUGAGAAGAUACUGGCAUCGUUCCAACCAAUUCUUCCCUGCAUAUCACCUCUACCGGACUUGGACACACAGAUUGAAUCUAUGGAGACAACUGGUUGCGAAAAGGAAAAUCACCGUAAAAUGUCUGUCGACGGUGUUCUUCAUUCUCAAGAAGAGUCCCUACUCAUCACAACAUCAGCAAGAACCCGCUGUCUGAAAUCUUCUAAACUGACCGCAAAGACGAAGGUGGACUUGCCAGUGGUCACAGCACGGGGAGUGGAACCCAUUUCCAAUGAAAAUAACUCCAGAGACUCGGGACGAAAUGAGUUAAGUGGCAUUACGGAAAUGAAGGGCACAGAUGGUGAGGAAACGCAUCUCCAAAAGGUCAUGCAGAUUGAGCAGGACCCAGCGAGUGUGACAUUAGUAUCUGCACCAUCACCUGCUGGUUCCCCCACGUCGGACAUUACGGACUUUGCUGAGGUUGACGCGUUAAGGGCUGAAAGUCAAGAGCCCCCCUGCAGUGAAAAACACAGUAGUAACCGUGUACUCUCUCAAAGUGGAAAUGCGUUCAGAAAGGAAGAGGACGAUUGGUCAGAGACAAAGAUGGAGGUAGAGACAAGCCUCGGUGAUGUUAGCGGGACUCAAGCAGUCACUCCUUGUGGUGGAGAGUUCCCCAGAAGCGAGGAUGAAACCACGCUCUCUGAGGAAAGAGGAAACGUACCGCUGGUUUCUUCCCCAGUUACUUUCCCAACAUUCAUUGACUCCGUGACAAAUACAGAAGACGGUUCAGAAACGGGAAAAGGCCCCAGUGAUGUUACCGGUUCUCAAGCAGUCACUCCUGGUGGUGGAGAGUUCCCCUCAAGCAAGGAUGAAACCUCACUCAUCGCGGAAAGAGGAAAUGAACGCUUGGUUUCUUCCCCAGUCACUUUCCCAACAUGCAUUGACUCUGUGGCAAAUGCUGAGGUUACAAAUAGAGAAGACGGUUCAGAAACGGGAAAAGGUCCUCAGGACUAUUGUGGUCUAGGAGAGGACAGUCAAGCUCCCACGGUCUUUAAACCCCAGGAGGACAGAAGCUGUCAUAGCAACGAUCCUGCAGUGCCAGACGAUAAUUCCCGUUCAACGAGCUCCAGCAAUGUCAGCGUCUCAAGUAGAAAUGUGGAAGAGCGGCUGGAAAGGGAUCCAUCCACUAAAGCUCCUGGUGAAGAAACCUGGAAUAAAGCACAAGGAGCUGAGGUAAUUGAUGUAGCAGCUUCUCCCUCGGAGGCGAGUGGUGCUAACAGACCUCCUUCUCCUAGCGAGUUUCCACUGUUGGAGAUCGAUGAUGACGAUGAGGAGUCCCAUGCUGAGCGGGAGUCCGGUAACGCAGAUGUUGACACUUCUUCCAAAAAGGACGACGACCCAGAGACAUUGAUUAGUGAAAUGCUGGCAGGUUGUGAGCCUUUGUCCUCUGACCCCCCGGAGACCGUCAGCUGUGAAUCUCUGGAAGAAGGUAUCCAUUCGGCGUGCAGGCGGUUGAGUCCGUUGUGUCUGUUGCCCACUUUGAAAUUGCAGGCGGUGCCUAAUUUAGUGGAGAAACGUGUCAUUCAAACGGCUAAAGUCAAACACCAGCUUCAGCACAGCGUCGCCGCGAGAAACCACAAGGAAAUGAAAUACAACUUGCGCUCGGUUCGGUCCGCGGCCUCGGUCGAGAGUGCUUCUGCGAAAACGGGACGUGAAAACAGUUUGGGGUCGUGUGUAAAAGUGCACGACAGACCGAGCGCUCAAGUGGCCAGAGCGAAAGGGUCCAGCCCAGAGGCGACUAAACCUCAACCCCCGGAAUGCAUCGGCCAAGUCCGCUGUGAAAUGGGCCCGCCGCUUCCUCGUCUCCUAACGCCACUGACCACACCUCCCAAGGCGGGCAAACCCAUCAAUCCAAGGCAGGCCAUCGGGAAACUCUCGUUUCCCUCGCCCAUGGACGGACCGGCUCUGCCCGCCACGCCCGUCCCGGCCCACUCCACGCCCGUGAACCAGCACGCCGGCUCCUCGUCCCUGAACAGCCCCCUCCCUCCAAGCGGAGUGCCGUCGUCGCCGCUCCAGUUCGGCUCUGCCACGCCGAAACACGCCGUGCCCGUUCCGGGUCGCUUGCCCGCGGCGGCCAUCAGUUCGACGGUGUCGUCGUCGCCGUCGAGUCCGUCGCAGGAGAACUCCAUGAGGAUUCUUGACACCAUGUACCCCGAGCUCUCAGCCCACGGCCGGACUCUGAGCAUCCUCCGAGGCAACGUCGGCCUCAGCGUCGGCCCGCCGGAGGAGGGCGGAUCCCCCACGACGGCCGACGGUCAGGCGUCUCGCUUUAAAACCGUCAGCUCAACAGCCUUCACUGAGACGAGGGGAGGAAAAAGACCCGCCCCUUAUCUGCCUCCGCCUAAAAGCAGCAAAUGCCUCCGUCUGGACAACUGCUCUCCCACCGCCAGUUGCGCGGAGGUACCCUCCGCCGCCGCCUCCUCCCCGAACAGCGGGGAGGAGGGCACCUCUCCCUGGAUGCCGAGCUUCGCGCGGCUCAAAACCGAGCCCAACGGUGCGGAGGCCGAAGAGCAAAAUCUCAUAGCAAAGUGUUUAAUGAAGAUUGAAAACCAGGCUUUUGAUCUAAUGCCGGUGAUCCGGAGCCACCUGCACGUGGGUAACCUGCCAAAGAAACCCGUCUUGAGAGACGAGGAGAAGGAGGUUAUCUCGGAGAUUUGCCGAAACGGCACGAAUCAGCUGGACGAUGUGAUCUUUCCCAUCCUGAACAAGCUGAAAGCAGAGAAGAGCGACGGAAGCAGGAACUACCUGCAGGCCCUGUGCAGAGUGUACACGGGGAUCUGCAGACAGGCGAGCGAUUGGGAGAAGGCUCACAUCCUGGCCUACAGCCUUCUCACUGAAGAUUUCCCAGACUCUGCUAAGCUGAUUUUGUUCAUGGUGACAACGUGGCCCAACGUUCUCUCACACAGCAGUCCUCUCGGCCAGGCGAUACACGCGGUCACCAAACUACAGGCGCAAGAAGACACCCUCAGCUGCCUUUCAAGAUUCCUCGGUUGGGAAAAGAGUCCUCCCUGCGACAUCGACGAGCUGAUCUCCAGAACAGUCUGUGAUAUUCGCAGCGGGUCGAGCCGGUCGUUCACUACGCAUUCCCGCUACGGGCAUGACCUCGGGACUGAGGCGUGGCAGAAUAUCUUUACACUGCAACUCCUUUGUGCACAUAAGAAGUGGCAGUGGACCUACAAUAACUUAUUGAGCAAGGAGUUGUGGCCAAUAAUGAACACUUGGGUGUCCCAACCCAGAGAACCACAAGCCCCCAUCUCUGACGUGGCCGUCGCCACCGUGCUCCGACUCAUAGGACGCCUGGGUCAACUGGGAAUGAAAAAGAGGUGCGUUUCCUCUGUGCUUACGGUCGCCAACGUCAUCAACACGUUUGGUAGGCACGGGCACACUGAAGGUGUUCCGUGGGAGGUCCAGCUAGCCGCCAUCUACUGCAUCUACGACCUGUCUCCCUGCAACCCCAAACAAGCUCUGGGCGCGCUGGCAGACUGGCGAGGAGAGACGUCCCGCAAGGUCCCUCCUGCAGUGACCAGCUGCAUGAACCAGCUGGCUUCUGUCUGCAGAGCGGUGGCGAGCUGAGCGAGAGGAAUUGUUUUCACUCGCUGGCUGGCGGUCUGUGGCCGAGAUGUUUUGUGUUUGGGCAGUUCACAACUUUGUUAAUAACUGACGCCUGAAGGUUCAUAUCAGGUUUUGAAUCGAUGCGCUCUCUCUUUUUUUAUUUUUCUCAUUUGCACUACUACUUUAAAAUGAAUACAUUACUUGAAUGUACUCUGAUUUUGUAGCAAAUUUGUCCGACAUUUUUAUUGUUAGGGACUCACGUUUUAGCUAUCCACAGCCUGUAAUAAAGGUACUUGCAUAAGCCCCUGCCUUCUUUGGCUGUUCUCAGGUGAUGCUCUAAAAUAUGUAGGCCUACACGUGUUCUUAUAUAAUUGUGGCGCUGCUGUAUAUGUUUCUUCAUUCAAUGUUUGUAAAUAUGAGUUGUUGCUGUUUUGUUUGUAUGAAUGACAAAUAAGAUUGCGACAGGUUUUGUACAGAUUGUUUCAGAGGUUAUUUAAAUGUUUCAUAUUAAAAUCUUGACAUAGUGAAAGAAAUA